UUUCUUUUCGAUUGUUUAUUGAAUAUAACGCGCACAUAUUUUGAUAGACACACGACUUAUAUGUAUUUCAACAAAAAUACUUAUCCAGAUAAUAUGCUAGAUUUAUUUUCUAAAUCUGUUCAAAGCCCUAAAAUUCUUAUGCCUUUUUUGCUAGCUAAUAAUAAAUCAAAAAAUGUAUAUGUGUUUUUCGCCGAAGAUGAAAUUCAUUCACAAUUAAUCAACGUUACUCCGAAGAGCUUCUUUAUUGCCCUAUGGAAAACAAAGGCUCCUCAAAUGAGCAAUAUAAGAAAACUAUUGCGUCAUUUUUGGACAAAUGAAUAUGGGUGUAACAAACUUGGUCGGCCAUAUUUAUUGGAUCAAUGGAUAAAUAAUUCAUUUCAAUCUGAUAAUGACUUGUUUUCUUUCAAAGUAAAAACAUCUAAUAUGCAUGGAUGCCAUUUAAAAUGUUUUGGAAACGAACAUCCCCCGGACAGUAUAGUGCACAACGAUGGAUAUCAGAGGUCAAUUGAAGGCGCUGGAAUUAAGGUAUUAGAAAUCGUAGCUAAGCAUAUGAACUUUACACCCUUCAUCAUUCUAACCACUAACAAGUCGAAUGAGCCAUUCAACUGGUUUAAUAGUGCUGAAAUGUUAGAUAAUAUUACGUCAACGUUACAAAAUGAUGAUGUUGAUUUAGCAUUUGGUUGGUUUACAUAUGCAUACAAUAAUAACAAUAAUAUCGAAUUAGCAAGAACGACCAGCAUUGAUUGCUUUGGUUGGGCUAUUCCUUACAGAGCGGGUCCGAUGCCGCCACUAUGGACUAACUAUGUCUACGAAUUUGAUAGAAUUAGCUGGUCUUUCAUUGCAAUGAUUUUCAUUUUAGUAUCUGGUAUAUUACAUUUUUUUAAAGAACUGAAAAAAUUAAAAUACAAUAGCUCAGUAUUUUUUUACGUAUUUCAUACAUCAAUUGACCAACCGUUAAGAUUACACUCAAUAUGGUGUAGCACACGCUUAUUUAUUAUCCAUUGGUUGUGGUAUUGCAUGAUUAUUAGUGUAGCGUACAAAGCUUCAUUGGGCAGCUUUAUGACAGUUCCACUUUUAGGGAUAGAGUUUACAGAGAUGGAUCAAAUUUUAGAAUCUAAUUUACUAAUGAUGGCUAGCCCACAAUCAUUGCGAAUCAUCAACGCCACUAUGGCCACUUCUAUGAUAUCACGAAAAUUCAUGAAACGACUAAAAAAGUUGCCACUUACUAACUUUAGUGAAGUCAUAGAUCGAAUGGUUCUUGAAAGAGAUAUAGCUGUAUUCGAAGUAAAACGGUUAAUUUACUACUAUUCGACCCCACAAGCAAAAUUACUAAAAGUCAAAGUACCAAUAAGAUUUCUACCCGGAUGUUUGUUGCGAGCUCAUACUACUCAAUUCAUGUUCAACCGCGGUUCAUACCUCAUCGAAUCAAUAGACGAUGUUCUUAGCAGAUUAUUCGAAACUGGAAUAAUUGAUCACUGGAUCGUACACUUAGGAUCAAACAAGGUACUUCCUUUAGAAAAGAUCAAGGGAAUAGUAUUACAAUUUGAUCAGCUUAAAGAAGCUUUUCUUUUUUUGGUCUGCGGUUACAUUUUUGCGUUUGUAGUAUUUUUUGUAGAGCUUUGGUGGUCUAAGUUAAGUCAAAAAAGUGUUAUUAAAAUUUGUUUGCCAUAUUCUGCAUCAGAAAUGUCUAAUAGAAGUCUACAUCCAUUUACACACUGAGUUUGGGAGAUAACAAUCAUAUUGGUACUAUAUUAUAUACACAUAUUAAAGACACUAAAUUGUUUUUAAUUUCCAUGCUUUCUUGAAAAAGUUAUUUUAACAUACUAUAGUUAAUAUUUCAUUUUAGAAUGGAAGGUAGAAAUUAUAUGGACUU